UACAACAAAACUGCUGAGAAUGAGUUCAUAAUCGACAAGUUGCGUAUAAGCAUGUGAAUCUUUGUCAAUCAUGUUUUCCAUAAAACAGUAAACAAGUGAAACAAGUUUACAUUUAUGAAAAUAAUGACGGUUGUAUACACGCGUAAACUCGGUGCCGAUUGGGCUCAAAUAGUAGCAAUAUUUAUCGUUUCACUAUCAAUGCUGAAUUAUGGUCUAUUGUUUGGAUGGCCAUCAUCAUCAAUAGUAACAUUAACAGAUGAAGAUUACCCUCUUCAAAUCACUUAUGAUGAAGCUUCAUAUUUUACUGUGCUGCCUCCAAUCGCUACGAUAAUCACCGCUUUACCUGUGGGUUUUUUGAUUAAUCGAAUUGGACGUAAAUACACAUUGAUUAUCGGUACAAUUCCGUACUUCAUCUCAUGGAUUCUUAUUGGAAUCGCAAGUUCAAAGUGGACUUUCUAUGCAUCCAGAUUCAUAACUGGUCUGGGCGAUGCGUGCGCGAUUAGUGCGUGUUCUUUAUAUGUGGGUGAAAUUGCAAUUCCAAAAGUUCGAGGAAGAUGGGGAAAUUUGCUUGUGUUCACGCUGCUUUUUGGAAUACUUCUCGCAUACGUCUUUGGCACCUAUCUAGACAUACCCACAAUAUCGUAUGUAUGUGUGUGCAUGCCAAUCGUACAAUUGGUUCUAUUAUUCGGCAUUCCCGAAAGUCCUUACUUCCUGCUAAUGAAAAAACGCCACGAAGAAGCCAAAAUAUCACUAAAAUGGUUGCGUCAAAGCGACGAUAUAGAUAGCGAAUUUAUGGCAAUUUCUGCUGCCGUAGAAAGACAAAUGCAAGAACCUGGAUCAUAUAAAGAUAUUUUAUUUAUCAAGAGUAAUCGUAAGGCGAUGAUUGCAGUCGUAAUGAUUCGAUUGACACAACAAUUCAGCGGAAUGUCCGCAUUUGUCGUUUAUUCACAAACUAUAUUCGAACGUGCAGGUGGCAACCUGACAUCAACAACGUCCGCCAUGAUAUGUGGAGGUAUUCAGUUGGUGUUUUCUUUGGGCGGCGCAAUGUUUGUUGAUAAAUUAGGCAGAAGGAAAACAUUGUUCAAUUCAGCAAUUGGGUCAAUAAUUGUGUUAAUAUUAAUGGCGAUAUAUUUUUAUUUGGACACCAAUACGGAUGUUGAUGUUUCCGAUCUGCUUUGGUUUCCAUUGGUUGGAAUGGUAGUCUAUUUAAUUGUAUUCUCCUGGGAUUAUCAGUGGUGCCUACUUGGUCUGUCAAUGUUUAAUUAUGGUCUAUUGUUUGGAUGGCCAUCAUCAUCAAUGGUAACGCUUACGCUAAGUAGAGAUUAUCCGCUUCAAAUCACUUAUGAUGAAGCGUCGUAUUUAACUGUAUUGCCACCAAUUGCUACGAUAAUUACCGCUUUACCUGUGGGCAGUUUAAUUAACCAUAUUGGGCGUAAAAACACGUUGAUUAUCGGCACAAUUCCUUACUUUAUCUCGUGGAUUCUAAUUGGAAUUGCAACUUCAAAGUGGACAUUUUACACAUCUAGAUUUAUAACUGGUAUUGGUGAUGCAUGCACAAUCAGUGCAUGUUCUCUCUAUGUCGGUGAAAUCGCCGUUCCAAAAGUAAGAGGAAAAUGGGGCAACUUGUUGGUGUUUACAGUGAUGCUUGGAAUACUCAUGGCUUACGUCUUAGGCGGGAAUCUAAACAUUCUCACCACAGCUUAUAUAUGCGUUGGAAUGCCUAUAAUACAAUUAAUACUACUAUGUGGCAUCCCUGAAAGUCCUUACUUCUUACUAAUGAAAAAACGCUACGAAGACGCGAAAAUAUCACUACAAUGGUUGCGACAAAGUGAUAACGCUGAUGAGGAAUUCAAUGCCAUUUCCGCUGCUGUAGAACGACAAAUGCAGGAACCUGGAUCGUAUAAAGAUAUUCUUUUUAUAAAGAGUAAUCGGAAAGCAAUGGUUGCAGCAGCAAUGACUCGACUGACACAACAAUUCAGCGGAAUGUCCGCGUUCGUCGUCUAUUCCCAAACGAUAUUCGAACGGGCUGGUGGACAUUUGACAUCAACAACGUCCGCCAUGAUAUGUGGAGGUAUUCAGUUGGUGUUUUCUUUGGGCGGCGCAAUGUUUGUUGAUAAAUUAGGCAGGAGAAAAACGUUGUUUAAUUCAGCUAUAGGCUCCAUCAUUGUGUUGAUAUCAAUGGCUAUUUAUUUUUAUUUGGAUUCCAAUACAGAUGUAGAUGUUUCCGCAUUGGUUUGGUUUCCAUUGGUUGGUAUGGUAGUGUUCUUAAUUGUGUUUUCUUUGGGACUCUCUGUGGUGCCUACUCUUAUGAGCUCGGAAUUGUUUUCCGCUAGUGUUAAGGAAAAAUCUAUGUCAAUUAGUAAUAUUUUAUUCGCUGCUUUAAUUGCGGGGACUACAAAAAUUUUCCAAGUUUUAUCCGAGUUUGGAUUAUACGCACCGUUUGCGUUCUAUGCUUGCACGUGUAUUAUUUUGACGAUUGCGUGUUACUUUAUUGUUCCCGAAACCAAAGGAAAAACGCUUGAUGAGAUACAGCUGGAGUUUCAAGAUAAGAAACUAAACAAUGACAAAAUUAAACCUGGGUUAGCGUGAGCAUGCCAUAUUGUUAAUCUAUAACGUGUUCAGCUAAUUAAUUGGAGGUAAUAUCAUUAUCACAUAAGAGUGUUUCUUUUUUAAUUUGUACAUAAAAUGUAAAUUCAGAUUACUAAAACCUCAUCCCUAGAACAUAAAAUCUCAAUGCCAACUUUUAUCUUAUAGAAAAGGUCUGUCUUUAGGGUUUUCUUGGCAAUUAUUCAAAUUUUUCUUGCCGUAAAAACCAUCCUUGGACUUUAACGAACAUUUUAAAAAAGGAAUUGGCCAAAGUGGUCUAGGCGUUGUUCAGUUAUGCGGUUACCAACAGAUUUUGCGAUUCAAUUUUUAUAUUAUAGAAUUAACUCAUUUAAAAAACUAGAAGUAAAUUUUAAAAUUUCAUUAACUAAAAGUGUAGAAUGUUUAGGUUAGUUAGUACAUUGUAUAAUAUUUAAAUAAUUAUCGUCAAUUUUGUUGACACUUUCCUAUCUCA